GGAAGGUAGGCACAAGCAGAGUCGAAGGGGGGCGAAGCACAGGUGGAGCGGGGGUGAGCUGAGUGCCGCGACAAGCGCGGCCAACUACUGGGUUGUUGAUCUCCCGCUGCGAAUCACCUGCCUCUGCAAUGCUGUGGUCGUCCGCGGCCACUGCCGCUCUCGCCCCCGGCACUGUCCUUUCCUUGUGUUUCUUUUUCGUUGCUGCUCGUGCCACCUGUUUCAAGCUGCCGGCGCCGAGGCGGGAGGAAACCACUUCGAUUCAUUCGGUUCUACCUGUGUAGUGCAAUUAUCUCCCACUCGCUCGUUGUAGCGCUUUUACUGUACACCUCGGCCGCCGGAAUUUCCUCUCUCCUGGCGUGUGUGUGUGGGGCUGUCCCUUCUCCUCCCCCCGUCCGUGUGUGUGUGUGUGUGUUGUGUGUGUGCGUGUGUGUGUUGUGUGUGUGUGUGUUGUGUGUGUGUGUGUAUCCCCUUCUCCCCCGUGUGUGUGUGUGUGUGUGUGUGUGUGUGUCCCUCCUACCGUGUUGCGCGCAGGGUAGGUGGUGUCACAGUCAUCCUCAGCAUUACUUCAAAGGCGAGUUGAACGAGCGGGAAGUGAGCCAGUUUUUUUUCCCUCGCAAAACCUCGCCGGGCUCCGAUCCCGCCCCCGCGUCGGACAACGACAACUGUCACAAGUAGGCCUGUAUUUCUCCUUCUGCCGUCAAACGAAGAGACAUACACUACACACGCCCGUACACAGACUCGAACAUCUACCUCUGGCACUCCAUUGUGUAUGUGGGUGUGUAUGUAUCUGUUGUGUGUUCACUAAACACCACUCAACCAUAGAAAAGGCGUGCCUGUGGCAGACUGACUCUUUCGUUGUGCAUAUGUGUAUAUUUCAGAGAGAGAGAGAGAGAGAGAUUAAUUGGUACGUUGAAUAGGGGAAUCGAAGGGAAGCAAGAUAAACAUGGCGGCCGCUGCCGGUGCCACGUCAAGAGGCUUGGCAGCGAAGACCACGUGCUCAACUCUUGCAGGGGCCGGCAGAGGCGACAGCGCUGCUUCCUCCUCACGUCCACAACCCCCGUCGGGAGGAGCGGCUACCCUGGCCGUACCAUGGAAAGGGAGGAAAGGGAAUUUCACCGAACCAGCUCCAGCUCCAGCUUGCAGAAUGGAGAGUGGUAGUGCAUUUCGAUUUCUGUCGAGCGCAUCGUCCCGGUGGCGGGGAGCGCCGUCUUCCGAUCAUCAGCUUCCGCUGCAAAGCGUCGCGGAAAACAGACGAUGCCCGAGGUUGUCCCGUCAUCGACAUGACAAAGAUAGCCCCACGUUGUCCAAUCCAGCAAACAAUAAUUGCACACGUGUCAAUGCCGUCGUCCAGCAGACAGCUACCGGUAGUACAUCGACGGUCAGUCGUACACGCCAGCAAGGAAGCUCGGCCGAAGUAACGGGCAAGCCAACGGUACUGGUGGCGGAAAAACUCGGCGCGGGGGGAAUCGACCUCCUGAAGAAGGUAGCGAAUGUGGAUUGCUCCUACAACUUGACGCCAGAGGAGUUGUGUGCGAAGAUCUCCCUCUGUGACGCGCUGAUCGUGCGGAGCGGAACCAAGGUGACAAGGGAGGUGUUCGAGGCUUCCAACGGUCGAUUGAAGGUGGUAGGUCGGGCAGGUGUCGGGAUCGACAACGUGGAUUUGCAAGCCGCCACCGAGGCUGGCUGUCUCGUGGUCAACGCGCCCACCGCUAACACUGUCGCGGCAGCCGAGCAUGCUAUCGCCCUGCUAUUGGCGCUUGCAAGGAACGUGCCACAGGCUGACAGCAGCAUGAAAGAAGGGAAGUGGGAGCGUGGUAGGUUCGUGGGAGUGACACUGGUAGAUAAGGUUUUGGCGGUGAUGGGCUUUGGCAAGGUAGGCUCGGAGGUUGCUAGGCGAGCAAAGGGCCUGGGGAUGCAUGUCAUAGCUCAUGACCCCUACGCGGCCCAUGAUCGGGCCAGGGCAAUGGGCGUGGAACUGGUGUCGCUGGAGGAGGCGCUGGGUACUGCCGACUUCUUCUCCCUGCACAUGCCUCUCACUUCGUCCACAGAAAGGAUGUUCAAUGAUGCCGUCUUCAACAAGAUGAAGGAUGGUGCACGGAUCAUUAACGUCGCCAGAGGAGCGGUCAUCGACACGCCUUCUCUUAUACGUGCUCUCGACUCUGGAAAGGUUGCACAGGCUGCUCUCGAUGUAUUUACGGAGGAACCGCCGCCAAAGGACUGCCCACUCAUUGCCAGGGAGGACAUAAUUGUGACCCCUCACCUUGGUGCAAGCACCCAGGAAGCUCAGGAAGGCGUUGCCAUCGAGAUUGCUGAAGCUGUUGUUGGUGCUCUUCAAGGAGCGUUGGCCGGUACAGCAGUUAAUGCUCCCAUGGUACCAGCAGAGGUCAUUGAGGAGCUGACACCAUAUGUGGCUCUGGCGGAGCGGCUGGCAAAGGUAGCAGUUCAGCUCGUUAGUGGCACGCAUGGUAUACGGGGAGUGACGAUCACAUACAGAUCUGCAAGGAGCAUGGAGGAUCUCGACACUCGGCUUCUCCGCGCAUACGUGGUUAAGGGACUCGUUGAGCCAGUCUCUGAGUCAGUGGUGAACCUUGUCAACAGUGACUAUAUCUCAAAGCAAAGGGGACUCAGAAUAACGGAGGUACGCCAGGUCUCUGACGGCGAUGACGAGGAGCCACUGGAGACCAUCCAACUGCAGAUAACUGACUGCGAGUCCACGUUAAGGAUGGAAGCCCCCACCUCUCAAGGGUCGGCAUGUUUUCUGUUGACGUCCUUCUGGAAGGUGGUAUCCUCCUCUGCCACCAGGUUGACCAACCAGGAAUGAUUGGGAGAGUGGGGUCCCUUCUAGGUGAAGCAAAUGUGAACGUCUCUUUCAUGAGUGUUGGUCGAACAAGUCCACGGAAGCAUGCCGUUAUGGCAAUAGGCGUCGAUGAAGAUCCAUCGGAAGAGGUGCUCUCACAAAUCCUCCACAUUCCUGCCAUUGAGGAGAUGGUGUAUCUCAGGGCAUGAAGGACCACCAAUAGUUCUACCAACUUCUGCGGCCUUUUUCCUACCGUCGCCGUUUGUACGGAGGCCGUGGACGGAACGGUGCCAAGUUUUGUCUCUAGUCCAUGAUCGCUAUUGAUUUCUUUUGACAUCAACAAGUUGCUGAUGAUUUUGUUCGUCUCUUGUCGCGUCGAAGGUAAGUUACGUUUUUCAACCCUUGUUGAAGGCUCUGCAGGUUGGAGGUGGAAAAGAUCUGUGUCUGAAGGUAAGUUGUUUCACUGUUAAAUCAGCUUAAAUGUUAGUGAAAGGCUCUGAAGGUUGGGGGUGGAAAACAUCUGUGUCUUAGACUCUUAGUCACUUAGUGUCUAUAAAAAAAAGGGGGGUGGGAUGGUGUGCUGUUGAAUGGCAGGAGAACUUUGCUGCUGUAACUUUUGUGUAGUACUUUGCCGCAACGAAGCAACUUCACACGCAAGAUCAAUUCUUUUUUUUUUUUCCUUUUUUUUUUUUUUUGUUGUGGCCCGAUGGACCACGGGGCAGAUAUUAAACUGAUCGGAACAGAUACGUUCCCUGCUCGAUCUAUUUUUAGCCAAACGGCGGAGGAAGGUAUGAGGGUAUGACCCAAGAUCAAUUCUGUGUAAACGAGAGUCUUCUUCAUUGGAUCGGUUGGGCCCAGCGCGACCAUCCAUCCACCAAAAAAACUGCGCCGAGGAGGAGAGAUGGUAAGAGGCAGGUGCCGAGCACGUGAGCAGUACGAAUUUGCAGACACACAUCUUCAUUGCGUCCCUUACGCUAUCGCAGGCUGGGAACGUUAGUCUGUAGGCGAGAAGUGAGUGUGCAUGUGCACGCGUGCUCGGAGGUGGGUGUUGCUGUUUUUCAAGUUUGCUCGCUUGCUCGCUUGCUCGCUUGCGCUUGCGAGAACGGAAGGGAAGGGAAGGGAGUGCGUGUGUGCACGCAUGCUCAGGCAGGUGAACUUCCAACGGAGCGCGUUCGUGAAAUCACGCCCCCAUCUGUCAACUGACUGGCAGGCAGGGUGUGGGGUUGGCAGGCGUUAAAGAAAAGGAGAAUUUCAAAGGGGAUAUAGAUUCUAUUAUAGAAUCAUCGUAGAUGUUUUCAGAAAGCUCUAUUCUCGUUAAAGCUAAGGAGGUGGGGGCUGAAACAUCAUAGAUGUUUCAGUCAAAAUGCUUAUGUAACAAUCUUGUCGUAUGGCAAUUGCCGCCGUAAGGAAGUAACCAAGGAAUUUGUGAGAAAGUUUGGAAAGUUGGAAACCCAUCGGUGGGUGGCCAAUUCUGCACCCCAGGGUCAGCAAGGUUGUCCUGUUGUAGGCUGAGAUGUUUCGCGAGA